AACAGUAUUACAAGGCCGUUACAGCUGAGUAGCGGUCUGCAAAGCAAAAUUUGCCGCGAAAUCACACAAAUCGAACGCAUCCAGAGAACACCUUUUUGCGGUAUACUUUUUUAAUCCGUCUAAAUUAAAAUGUUGAUAUGUGCAAGCAGCGGAAUGUUAACUAAGUUGUCAUUGUAAUGUACGGUUCAUACAAUUUUUGACAUUUCAAUGAAAAUAUUUACCUAGUGACGUUUGCGAAAAUCGUGUUUUCACAUGUAAUUCGUUGCGGAAACUUAUUUCGAAAUAGUGAAAAAAAAAAUUAGAAAAUUCACCAAGUUUGUUUUUAAUCUGUGAUAUAUGUGUUCGAUAACGGGAAUUUGUGAUAUGAAGGCUGAAAACCUGUACAAUUAGUUUAGAUGUCAACAACGAACGAAUUUAUAUAGAUACAAAAAAUGUGAAGAAUUAUUUAAAAUACAUAUAUUUAUUUAAAUAUAAAAACAACGACCAGUAUAAUGCAUUAGUAAUCUAAAUUUACAAAUACAAUUUAAAAAAUUUAAAAUGUUAUAAAAGUUUUUUUUGUAUGAUAAGGCCAGUAUUAGAUUUAAUUUAUGAAUAAUUAUGCAUAAAUUUACUAACAAAAACAAAAAAAUGCGGUUUCUGCUUGCCACACUCAGUAAUUCCAAAAAGCUGUUAUGAAGAAAAGCCUCCGAGCGCUUUAUGGUUUACAUGGGUGACAGAGGGGGCGUGGGGCGUCAAGCCACCGUGCCGCCUGCGACCGAGGCAAGCUGUCCCCCAGUUCAAGUGGAGCCAGUGGACCUGUCCCUCAAGAGACAGCCCCCGACGCCGAGGAGACGACAUCGAAACUUCGCAUCAACAAAUCUGUCGCCGAGACUGAACAACAAUGACGGAUCUGCCGAACAUCAAAACGUUAUCGAGUCAAGCCAUCAUAUACCUAAACAUAGAAUGGGGGCGGACCUCAGAAGCACAAGAAGACCAAAACAGAAUUACAACAGAUUAAAACAACAAGAUCAAGCAUCGCAUCAGUCGCUUCCAUCAAACGAUAUCUCCAAACUAGCAAUGGAUUUCCGAAAGCAAUUCCUACCGCCGAUCGUGCCAUUCGCGCUUCCGAACCGCGAAUCCAACGUCGAACUAAAAAACUUCCUAAUAAACACGGCACUGCAAAACGUCAUAGCCGGCUCGGUAAACGCGUUCCCGGACGCGUUCACGAAAACCGCUACGGAGGACGCUAAAGACGUAUUCAAUAAUAACGAAGACGUGUCGAGUCGUAGGAGGCUUCAUAAAUGCGACGUUGUCGGCUGUCAUAAAGUUUACACGAAGAGCUCGCACCUGAAGGCGCACAAGCGCACGCAUACAGGCGAGAAACCGUAUUCCUGCGCUUGGGCGGGUUGCGAAUGGCGCUUCGCCCGCUCCGACGAACUAACCCGGCACACUCGUAAGCACACGGGGCUCCGCCCCUUCACCUGCUCCGUCUGCGCUCGCUCGUUCGCGCGCUCCGACCACCUCGGCCUGCACAUGAGGCGGCAUUGAAGAAUCGACCUAAAGAUCACUAAGUAAGGCGUACAUUACUAUCUCAACAUGAAUCAACGUAUCUGCGUGCGUGUUUCCUCUUUCGGCUUAAUAAACAUGAAUCAAUAAAAACUUCACAGAAAUAAACACGAGUAAAACGUGAAAUAAAUCGUCAGUUUUAGAUUACCAGCAAAAAUAAAUAAUUACCGAGUGAUUUAGAGUAAGUAACACAUUAUAAUAAUGGCGGUCAGACUUCGUUGCUUAUAUACGGUAUUGAGAGUUCACGUUCAACAUUAAUUCAAGUGACCGCUAGAUUAAGGCAAUUUGAAGGCGUGAUCCUGAAGUCGGUCCUUCAGGAUAAUAGUUUAGGCCUGCGAAGGAUAUAGCGCGAAUUGACUUUAAAAUCUCUUCUAUCUUGAAUGUAGUUAAUAUCUAUAGCAAAUGCUGACUUUGAUUUUUGAUAAAUGAAUUGAAUUGAACUCUGAAUGUGUUUGUUAGGUUUCUUGAAGAAUUUUUAACCGAUUCAAAUGUUUGGAUUGUGGUUUGUAGAUGGCGGUACAAAGAUUUCAACCUUGAUAUAUAGAUGGCGCCACACGAUUAAAUUCAGAAAUUUACUAUCCUUUAAUUUUUUCUCUGUGAAAUCUGUUGUUCAUUUAUGUGGCUUGUUUUUUUGUUUCUUCAACUAUAUAGAGUAUUGUGAAACCUUAUUUAGUAGUGUUAUUGAAUCAUCGCAGUACCACGAACCCCUUUUGUUUUGUAUCGCGUGACGUUUCUCAUAAAAAUCACUUAUUUUAGUCAUUUGUUGUCUGUAUUGUAUGUUCUUCGAACUUCACCCAAGAUAACCGUUCUUAAUUGACCUUCCGUGUGCUGAUAAGUCUAUGUUAAGACUUUCUAUUCGUAAUGUACGUUAUUGCGUGUUGAAGAUACCAUAGCAAAACUAGAUCAACCGAUUCAUUAAUCUCAAAGUGGAUUAUAAUACGCGACGCUUCUAGUGUCUUAAUAAAUCUACUGACAACAUUAUCCUCGACCGAAAAAGACUUAUAAUAAGGGCAUUAUGUUAUUGUGAUUUUUUUGCUCAAAUAAAAUGACAAUAUUUUUAAUAUAAAUUUAAGUGAAUAGUUUUAUAAAUAGAUUUUUCUUAUACACGAUGUUAUUAAUAAGUAUGCUAAUGAAUUGUUAUCUCAAUUUCUCGGAGCCUCAUCGUCUAAAGAGCUUGCUAUUCUGCGGGCGGAUAGUCCUAAGUAGCGAUUAGAGAGUAAACAGCAGAAGUUGUUAUAUGAAAGCUUUUAUUCGGUAAAUAAGAUAACUUAAAAGCUAAUUGUGGCGGUAAGUUAGCGAGACCACCACUAAAUAAAUUCCAAUAUACGUCAUAUAAGCUUGAAUAUAAAAAAAUGUGGGUUAGGCCACUUUUGCGCUGAUGGCCUCAUUUAUUUUUUCCUUGAAUUUGCGGCCUGAUAUGAAGAAGCACAUAUGAGCGUGCUAUUUUAUUUUCAAGGUAAUAUAAUAAAAAUAUAUAUUGUGUAUAAAUCUUAAAGCCAGCAAUAAAACUACUAGUAUAAUAAGGUAUACGCACGUAAAUAUAGUUAUUUUUAUAUUUUUAAAAGGAAUAUUAAGGUCGAGAUUGGUUUGGCUCCGCUAAUACAUACACGUUCAAUUCAGACCUUAUAUUGUAGGACGUAAGGGAGCUUUUUCUGAAACAAAUUAUGUAUUCGUGUACCUUAGUAGCGGAAACAUUUGUUGUAAAUGUGUAUUAUUUAGAAUUAAUUAAACACAUGGGGCCAGUAUUCCUGUAAAAAUUCGUACUGUAUUAAGUAUUAUUUUUUUAUUAGUAUAAUUUUCUUAAUUUCCUUUGGUAACAGUGGCAAUAAUAUUUGAUCUCAAAUUGGUUUAAUUUUUUAUUGAAAUUGUGAUUUUUAUAUUUUUCUAUUAAAACGCCAUCUGUUUUUAAAGGAGCAAAACAUUGCAAUAAGUUUUGUAUUAUAAAUUUGGAAUAUACUAUAGAAAAAUGAUUUAUGAAACAUUAAAAAAAAAACAUCAAUUUUUAUUUUAAAAAAAUAUAGAAAAGUCCAGUCGGUUCUUUCUCGCAUCGGCAGAUGGCGUUAUAUUAAAAUCUUUAAAAAAUGUUGAUAGAUCUUUAAAAAAAAUUUAUUGUGAUCUCAAUUUUCGUCUCUACAAUAUAACUUAAAAAAAAACUACAUAUAUAUCAAUUUUUACAAUGUCUUUUAUUAUUAUUUUUAGUUAGCAUUUUCGCAGGCCAGUAAAUGUUAGUGCGAUUAUGGUUCUUAAUUUCAGAGCUGUUCGGUAGGUUUUUGUUGGUUUCUUUAAACAAUAUUUUUAAUAUGAAUAAAAAAAAACAUGAUCUAAUAUAAAUUUAUUUAGCGCCAUCAAAAUAUAAUUCCAACGCAUUACUAGCUCUGAAAUUUCGAACGAAAAUUUUAUAUGUUAAGUUUUUAUAAGUAGAUUUAAUAAUGAAAAUUAGGUGCUAAAUCUAAUGCUAAUGAUGGUGUAAUUAAUCUAAGAGGAAAACGCUUUCCUUAUAAUUAAAUAUGAAGAGUAUUUUUUAUGUCUUCCGUGACCACUAAACCGGGUGCUAGACUUUGAGAAUCAUACCCUGAAAAUGAAGGUUGUUGAGUCGAAUAUCCAAGAUAUCGACUUUUCAUUCCAUAUGAAUGCGGAAAAUUCAGAAGCUACAUCAAUACUAUUUCUCGUCCAGUAGUCGAAAUUAAAAAUAUUCAUAAAUUAUUUAUAUUAAUACGAAUUUGUUGGUGCUGGAGAUAAUUAGUGGAUUAGCGGAUAAGUGUUUAGAAAAUGAUUCCUAUAUUAAUUAGGUUAGUUCAGAUCACGUUUGUACCUUUUCGCUAUAUAUUUUUUUUGAUUGUUUUGUGAAAAAUAAAAUUUUAUAA